AUGACCCAGCCCCUCAUCCUACCUCCAGGCAUCGACGCGCCGACCUUUGCCAGGUACCUCGACGAGGUCCGCGGCAUUGUCGGCGCCGACAACAUCGACAUUAUCACUGGCGAGCACCAGUUCGUCAAGACUGACUAUAUGGACCCGGCCAAGGAACACGACAUGCAUCCCGUCUUUGACAAGGACUACUUUGUGUCCUCUGCCGUCGUCGCCCCUCGCAGCGUGCCCGAACUCCAGGCAAUCAUGAAGGUGUGCAACGACUUCAAGGUCCCCGUCUGGCCCUUCUCCAUUGGCCGCAACAUUGGUUACGGCGGCACUGCGCCCCGUGUCCCUGGCUCUGUCGGUCUCGACAUGGGCCGGCACAUGGACCGCGUCCUCGAGGUCAAUGAGAAGGACGCAUACUGCCUCGUCGAGCCCGGCGUCACCUUCCACGACCUGUACGACGACCUCGUCAGGCGUGGCCUUGAAGACAAGCUUUGGAUCGACGUUCCCGACCUCGGAGGCGGCAGUGUUAUCGGCAACACGAUUGAGCGCGGCGUCGGCUACUCGCCCUACGGCGACCAUUGGAUGAUGCAUUGUGGUCUCGAGGUCGUACUACCCAACGGCGAGCUGGUGCGCACCGGCAUGGGCGCGCUUCCUGAGCCUGGCGCAGACCAGGGCCAGUCGCCCGACCAGCAAAAGCCCAACCGUUGCUGGCAGCUGUUCAACUACGGGUUCGGUCCGUAUCACGACGGCAUCUUCUCGCAGAGCAACUACGGCAUCGUCACUAAGAUGGGCUUGUGGCUCAUGCCCAACCCCGGCGGAUAUCAGGCCUACUCCAUCACGUUUGAGAAGGAGGACGACUUGCCCGCCAUCGUCGAGACUGUGCGCCAGCUCCGCAUCUGCAUGAUCAUCCAGAACGUUGCCACCAUCCGCAGUUUGCUCCUCGACGCGGCGUGCCUCGACACAAAGGAGGGAUACUGCCCUGGCGUCAAAGAUCGCGCCCUGAACGAGGCCGAAAUGGACGACAUUCAGCGCAAGACCGGGCUAGGGCGAUGGAUCUUCUACGGUGCACUGUAUGGCCCCGAUCCCGUCCGCGAUGCGCUCUGGGGAGCGAUCAAGGGUGCAUUCUCUCAGAUUCCCGGCGUCAAGUUCUACCUGCACGAGGAGGGACGUCCCGCGCCCGGCGUGCUCGACAUUCGCUCCAAGACGAUGCGCGGCAUCCCGACCUACGACGAGCUCAAGUGGGUCGACUGGGUCCCGAACGGCGCACACUUCUUCUUCUCGCCCAUUGCCGAGGUUCGCGGCGACGCGGCCACGAAGCAGUACCAGAUCUCCAAGAAGCGACUCGUCGAGGCUGGCUUUGACGUCAUUGUCGACUUUAUCAUUGGCAUGCGCGAGAUGCACCACAUCAUCUGCGUCGUGUACGACCGCACCAAGCCCGAGGAGCGGGCGCGGGCUGUCGAGGUCGUCCGCAGACUCAUCGAUGAGUGUGCCGCCGAGGGUUGGGGAGAAUGCACGUACAACUUCAACGACAAUGCGCUCAUGAAGCUAUCCGAGAAGAUCAAGGACACGCUCGACCCGAACGGAAUCCUCGCCCCAGGCAAGAAUGGCGUCUGGCCGUCAACGUACGACAAGUCUAAGUGGCAGCUGAAGGCGGGCUCUGCCGUCACACGUGACUCUAUCCCUAAGACGCCGGGCAUCCCCCGACCGUCGAAGCUGUGA